AUGGGGAUUACUUUGCAAAAGGGCAGCUGUGUGUCCCUGGGCAGCUGUGUGUCGCAGGGCAGCUGUGUGUCCCUGGGCAGCUGUGUGUCGCAGGGCAGCUGUGUGUCCCUGGGCAGCUGUGUGUCCCUGGGCAGCUGUGUGUCGCAGGGCAGCUGUGUGUCCCUGGGCAGCUGUGUGUCCCUGGGCAGCUGUGUGUCGCAGGGCAGCUGUGUGUCCCUGGGCAGCUGUGUGUCCCUGGGCAGCUGUGUGUCGCAGGGCAGCUGUGUGUCCCUGGGCAGCUGUGUGUCCCUGGGCAGCUGUGUGUCCCUGGGCAGCUGUGUGUCGCAGGGCAGCUGUGUGUCGCAGGGCAGCUGUGUGUCCCUGGGCAGCUGUGUGUCGCAGGGCAGCUGUGUGUCCCUGGGCAGCUGUGUGUCGCAGGGCAGCUGUGUGUCCCUGGGCAGCUGUGUGUCCCUGGGCAGCUGUGUGUCGCAGGGCAGCUGUGUGUCGCAGGGCAGCUGUGUGUCGCAGGGCAGCUGUGUGUCCCUGGGCAGCUGUGUGUCCCUGGGCAGCUGUGUGUCCCUGGGCAGCUGUGUGUCGCAGGGCAGCUGUGUGUCGCAGGGCAGCUGUGUGUCGCAGGGCAGCUGUGUGUCCCUGGGCAGCUGUGUGUCCCUGGGCAGCUGUGUGUCCCUGGGCAGGUGUGUGUCGCAGGGCAGCUGUGUCCCUGGGCAGCUGUGUGUCGCAGGGCAGCUGUGUGUCCCUGGGCAGCUGUGUGUCGCAGGGCAGCUGUGUGUCCCUGGGCAGCUGUGUGUCGCAGGGCAGCUGUGUAUCCCUGGGCAGCUGUGUGUCCCUGGGCAGCUGUGUGUCGCAGGGCAGCUGUGUCCCUGGGCAGCUCGUGUGGAGGCCCCUGUGGAGGCCCCUGUGGAGGCCCCUGUGGAGGCCCCUGUGGAGGUCCCUGUGGAGAUCCCUGUGGAGAUCCCUGUGGAGGCCCCUGUGGAGGUCCCUGUGGAGGCCCCUGUGGAGGCCCCUGUGGAGGUCCCUGUGGAGGCCCCUGUGGAGGCCCCUGUGGAGGUCCCUGUGGAGGCCCCUGUGGAGGCCCCUGUGGAGGUCCCUGUGGAGGUCCCUGUGGAGGCCCCUGUGGAGGUCCCUGUGGAGGCCCCUGUGGAGGUCCCUGUGGAGGUCCCUGUGGAGGCCCCUGUGGAGGUCCCUGUGGAGGCCCCUGUGGAGGCCCCUGUGGAGGCCCCUGUGGAGGCCCCUGUGGAGGUCCCUGUGGAGGUCCCUGAGGCCCCUGUGGCGGCCCCUGUGGAGGCAGCUGAUGGAACCUCGAUGGCGCCCGCCUGCGCCCACAGCAGCAGUGAUACGGUCAGUGCGAUGACUCCGCCUUGUUGCCACAUGGCUCCUCCCCUUUGUUUGUCCUUCCUCCUGAUUGGCUACUGGAGGACCUGCUGA